CGUGUCGGCCGUAGUAGGAAGUAAAGGCGUUUCUUGCCGCUACUGUCGCAGCAGUAAUGCAAGCGUCACUUGUUGUGUUGUCACUAAACAUAUGUCCUGAUUAACCAUAACAUUGUGAGAAAAACACGUAGUGCAAGUCUCGGUCAUGGCUGCGUCGGUGAGUCUGGAGCUGGACCCUGUCUUCCUGAAGGGUUUGGGAUACCUGCACUCCAAGAGCAAAGACUCCGCAGAGAAGCUAAAAGCCCUCCUGGACGAGUCUCUCUCUGGAAGAACCACCGACUCGUCCUACCGAUCUCUACAGAAGGAGGUGGAGGUGUCCAAGCUGUCGGUUUCUAAGAUGAGCAAGCAGGACUCCAAGUCUUCAUCCAGCUCGUCCUCAUCCAGCAGCAGCAGCGGCAGCAGCAAGUCCAGCAGCUCAGACAAGAGCAGGAAGGAGGUGGAGAAGAGGCCUGCUGAGAAGGUGAGGGUGGUGGAGCAGGGGGAGGGGCCUGACCCCCCUAAGAAGCCCCGGGUGGAGAAGCAGGAGAGCAGCUCGUCCCCGGUGACCGUGGCGACCAGCCGGGACCUGCCUCUCGCCCUGCCGGACCUGUCCAGCUUCGACGAGACCAGCGCCGACGACUUCGCCAUGGAAAUGGGCCUGGCCUGUGUGGUUUGCAGGCAGAUGACGGUGACGUCGGGGAACCAGCUGGUGGAGUGCCAGGAAUGCCACAACCUGUACCACCAGGACUGCCACAAGCCCCAGGUGACGGACAAGGACGCCAACGACCCACGGCUCAUCUGGUACUGCGCACGCUGCCAGAGGCAGAUGAAACGCAUGGCCCAGAAGACCCAGAAGCCUCCCCAGAAGACGUCCCCCGUGGGGGGGGCCAGUGCCCCCCUGGUGAAGGCGGAGCUGCUGGUGAGGAAGCAGGAGGGGAGGAGCCGGCCGGACACCAGCACCACCUUCCAGGCCUUCAAACGCUCCGAGGGGAAGCCGUCCUCCAGUGGCUCCUCCACCCCCUCUGUCACCAGCUCCUCCCUGCCCUCCUCCAGCGGUCUGACGGGCUGGGCUGCCUUCGGAGCCAAAACCUCCUCCACCGGGCCUCCAAACUCCAAACUCCCUCCCCCUUCCUCCUCCUCCUCCUCCACCCCCAGCAGCAGCAAGGCUGCCCCCCCCGCCCCCCCCUCCGGACAGAAGCCGGUGGUACUGUCCGGCCUGGCCGUAGCCAAGUCGUCCCUGGGCAGCACCAAGUUGGGGGGGGGCAGCAGCAACAACGGCUCCAGUUCUGCUUCUGUGCCUCAGAAACCCCCCCCCUCCCUGACGGGGGGCAAGCAGGGGCUGAGCCGCGCCCCCAGCGCGGAAGGGAGGGGGGGCGGGGCCAGCUCUCCCGGUGGGGGGUCCCCGAGUCUGGGGGGGAACGGGGGUGGGGCUAAGGCGACAGGGGGGGCGGGGGCGGGCGGGGACAAGACACCGACAUCCCAGGAGUCGCAGCUGAACGCUCUGAAACGCCUGCAGAUGGUUAAGAAGAAAGCUGCCCAAAAGAAACUGAAGAAGUGAGGGAGGGAGGGGGCGAGAGAUGAAGGGAGGCAGGGAGAGAGAGAGAGAGAGAGAGAGAGAGAGAGGAAGGG